AUCCAAGAACUCACCUUGACACCUUGAGCACUUUUUGUCUGCAAUUGUGGAAUCAAGACCUCGUCCAAAUAUAAAUGCUCGACCAUCAGCCAGCUCCACCCGGGCUCCAUUGACACUUACGAGAGCGCACUGCAUCUACAUUCAAAGGGCUGCAAUCCAGUCUGUGACACUACUCCAUUUAUAAGCUCUGGCGGAACAAUCCCAGUGGAGAUACCCUAAAAAAGUAACUUAUUUAAGGGUGAAAAAGGCUUUUUUAUACUGACUUACUUAACGUAACUAAAGCACCAUGGCACGUGAAGAGGACUACUACACCCUCAUGUCGGGGCUAGAGGAGAUUGAUUUAGAAGGGAAUGCAGUGCCUAGCGAUCUUGUGCUAAUUGGUGACCAUGCCUUUCCACUUGCCAUGAAUCCAAGAGGUCAGGUUCUGAUGGCUGCAUCUCGUUAUGGCCAGGGACGUAUUGUGGUGUUGGGACAUGAGGAAUACCUAACACGCUUCCCUGGCCUGGUUGAAAAUGCUCUUAUGUGGCUUAUGCCAUGUACCGGUGAUAACAGCAUUGUAGGGAUUCAGGGGAAUUUACGUUCAGUAGCUGACAACUUGGUCUACUCCCCUAUCAAGACUGAGCUAGGAGACUUUCGGAAUGGAUUAGCUAUCUAUGUCUCUGAUGCUUACAGUGUUGACACCUAUGCAAAGGAUUUAAUUGCUUUCCUCAAAGCUGGGGGCGGUUUGCUAAUUGCAGGACAAGCCUGGAGUUGGACUGACACCCAUCCAGAAGAGAACACUUUGUUAAACUUUCCUGGAAACAAGGUGUGCAGUGUCGCAGGAAUUUACUUUUCCGAACACCCUGGAGAACUUGGCAAAUUUCCUGUGCCCAGAAAUAUCCCUUCUUGUUGGCUAGCUGUUUCAAUAGGCAAGGAUUUUAAGUGUGACUUAGAAUUCCUGUUACAAGGGGUGCCUGAGUUUGACAUCCAAGGUGGGGCUUUAGCAUCUGAAGUCAUGGUGCAUGGACCAUUAGCAUUUCCUAUUGGAGUCACCCAAGCUGGUAAAGCAUUCAUUGCUGGUGCCUACUAUGGACAAGGGCGAGUAAUUGUGGCAACCCAUGAAGGUUACCUGGGCCGUGAAUCUCUGUCCACUUUCAUGAUUAAUGCUAUAAAGUGGCUUGAUGAGGGUCGUAAGGGUGUUAUCGGGGUUCUCUCCAACCUUAGAGAAGCCCACAAGAUACUGAGCAAAUCUGGUCUAGAUUGUCAGUUGACUGGCUUCAAAGAAGAUCUUAGCGUCUAUGUCUGCACUUCCUACAGUGAUGCCCAGUGUGAACAGAUCCAAGAUUUUGUUGCUGAAGGUGGUGGUCUUCUUAUUGGGGGUCAUGCCUGGUAUUGGGCGCAGACCCACUGUGGUUCCAAUGUGAUGACCGAAUACCCUGGAAAUCGCAUUCUUAACAAGAUGGGGUUGUGUAUCUUGGGCAACACCUUGAGUGGAGGACUAUACAAAGCCCCAGAAGUAGAGCAUAGCUGUAGAGAGGGGUACCACUUUCGCAACAUGCUGCAGCGCUUUGCCGAACAUGUAACCCAGGGGAAGGAACUGACUGCUCAUGAACAGGGCUGCUUGAAGCAGCUUGGCAGUGACUGUGCGAGUUACCUCCGCAUGCAGGCUCAUGACUGUGCUGCCUAUACGUCAAUGGUAGCGCUUCUUUCUGAAAUGGUGAAAGAGGUAGGUGUUCCACAGGUGUGCAGUAACUGUCCUGUUGAAAGUUCCAAGGACCAUCUGAUGCUCCAUGUUGGGAACGAAGUGUACAAAGUGUCACCCGACCCUGAUGCCCUUCUGCCCUACAUCAUCAAGGACAGACCCAACCUGCCCACUGUGUCUAAUGCAAGAGUUCGCAUUAGUGCCGACACUGCAGCUUGUGAAGAAUGGAUAAGCACAGGCUUAUAUCUUUCUCCUGGUAUGAAGACAUACAUUGCACUACCUCCAGAGAUCACUGGGAAAAAUUGGAAGGUGCAGAUUGGUUGCCAGACAGAUAACAUUGGUGGAGCUAAUGUUCUGAAACGGGCUCCUGUGGUUUGUGAGCGAUUCCCCUUGGACACAGAAAUGGUCCAGCUCUGGAAUCUGUGGGGAGGGUUAAUCUACCUAAUAGCACCUCCCAAAUGCAAAGUGGAGGGGGUGGAAAUUGUCGUGCAGACCGCAGUUCAGGCCCCAUACUUCAAGUCUGGAGAGACCAGUGUUGCUGACUGGGUUGGUGGGAUCCGUCAGGCACCAGCCCCCUGGGCGGAGCUUGAGUUUGAGAACAUCAUCAUCACGUUAGAAUCAGCAGUGAUAAGGAAUCUGGACAGCCCCGAUGAGGUGGCAUCACUUUGGGAUUCCAUAAUGAGAGGCAUAGCUGACCUAGCGGCAAAGCCUGCCAAGUUCCCCCGCAAGGAGCGAUUUGUUGCAGAUGUUCAGAUCUCUCACGGCUUUAUGCAUGCUGGAUAUCCCAUCAUGAUGCACUCCACCUCUGCCCCAGUACUAAUGAACCCAGAGGCAGCCCGUAAAAGUGGUCUCUGGGGGGCCAUUCAUGAGUUGGGUCACAACCAGCAGCGUGGAGUUUGGGAGUUCCCUCCACACACCACUGAGUGCACCUGCAACCUGUGGUCAGUGUACAUACAUGAGGAAGUGCUGGGUUUAAACAGGGCGAAUGCUCAUCCAGCCAUGACCCUAGAAAAACGACAGGGUCGUGCUCGGGACUAUGCCAAAGGUGGCAAAGAUUUAAAAAACUGGAGUAUGUGGACAUCACUGGAGACCUAUAUGCAGCUUCAAGAAAAAUUUGGCUGGGAUGCUUUCAAGAAAGUUUUUUCUGCAUACCAUGAAAUGAGCGGAGUGCCAAAUAACAAUGCAGGCAAGAUGAAUCUAUAUGCUGAGACCUUCUCCAAGGUGGUCAACCUGAAUCUGGCCUCCUUCUUCAAAGCCUGGGGUUGGCCCAUCCAGCCCAGCACGGAAGAGAAGAUCUCUUAUCUCCCUGAAUGGAGUGACCAUCCUAUGGGCCAGUAUGCAUAAAGGCAUCUGAGAUAGCUUUAAAAUUGACUGAAGUGUAAGAUUAAGUAUAAAAGUUGAAAUGUACUUGGAGGGUCAUAGAAAAUAAAUGGAUGAAGCAUUUCUCAUUUCGUUUAAUAAACAAAGGUGAGUAAAAUAAAAUGUGAAUUUAAUUUUAAAUAUUCAGAAUGAGACCAAAGACUUAAAAGCUGUAGGGUAACACUUUACAACAGCAUUUAUAUUCUUAAAUAUCUGUCUUAUUGGUAUAGAUGUCUGUAACAACUGCCUUGGCAUUUUUUUAAGGCUAAAUUCAAAGCAAACAUAAAUCUUCUAUCUUUACAGAGGGGAUAUGUCUACAACAUUACAUAUAAUACAUAAACACUUAACAUGUACUACACACUGCAAUUAAAAGGCUGACAUCUUAACCAUA